AUGGCUCUCAAGCGCAUUAACAAGGAACUCACUGAUCUCGGCCGCGGGGUCCCUUUGGGAGCGCAACAGUCCUGCGCCAUGGCUUGCAAUGGCGGGCUGUUACGCGGGAUGCUAUAUUCCAGAGACCCUCCAUCUUCCUGCUCGGCCGGCCCCGUGGGUGAGGAUUUGUUCCACUGGCAGGCUACUAUUAUGGGACCUAGCGAUUCUCCCUACUCCGGCGGUGUCUUCUUCCUCGCCAUCCACUUCCCUACCGACUAUCCCUUCAAGCCUCCUAAGGUUAACUUCACAACUCGCAUCUACCACCCCAACAUCAACUCGAACGGCAGUAUCUGUUUAGACAUUCUGCGAGACCAGUGGAGCCCGGCGUUGACAAUUAGCAAAGUCCUUCUGUCCAUCUGCUCGAUGCUGACAGACCCCAACCCCGACGACCCUCUUGUUCCCGAGAUCGCGCACGUGUACAAGACUGAUCGACCACGAUACGAGGCUACUGCUCGCGAGUGGACGCGCAAGUACGCCGUUUAA